CGGUGGAAAGUCCUUGGUGAGGCAUCGAGUGCUUUUGUCUCUUUGCAGAUGGCUACCCUCCCUAAGAAGGAGUCCAGGGCACCUACCACCUGUCUGGGCCUGGACACUAACUAUGGGGAUGGCUUGGAAAGAGAACGCUCCAGAAAGCCAGACCACAAGCGGCCAGAGCACUAUGGUGUGGGUGAUCCCACCACCACGUUCUCCUCUGACAGCUCCCACCUGUCCUCCAGAGGAAGAAUCAGUAAAUGGUUCUGGGACUCGGCUGAGGAGGGCUACAGGACCUACCACAUGGAUGAGUAUGAUGAGGACAAGAACCCCAAUGGCAUCAUCAACUUGGGCACCAGUGAGAACAAGCUCUGCUUUGACCUUCUGUCCAGUCGGCUGAGUCAGAGUGACAUGCUGCAGGUGAAGCCGUCUCUGUUGCAGUACCCUGACUGGAGGGGCCAUCUGUUCCUCCGGAAGGAAGUGGCCAGGUUCCUGUCUUUCUACUGCAGGAGCCCUGCACCCCUUAAACCGGAGAAUGUGGUUGUCCUGAACGGCUGCGCCUCUCUUUUCUCUGCUCUGGCCACGGUGCUGUGUGAGGUCGGGGAGGCUUUCCUGAUCCCUGCCCCUUACUAUGGAGCCAUCACACAGCACGUCUAUCUCUAUGGCAACGUCCGACUGGUCUAUGUCUAUCUGGACAGUGAGGUCACUGGACUGGACACACGCCCCUUCCAGCUCACAGUGGAGAAGCUGGAGGUGGCCCUGCAAGGAGCUAAUGCUGAGGGUGUGAAGGUCAAAGGCCUCAUCCUCAUCAACCCCCAGAACCCUCUGGGUGACAUCUACUCCCCGGGAGAGCUGCGGCAGUACCUGGAGUUUGCCAAGAGGCAUGAGCUACACGUGGUGGUGGAUGAGGUCUACAUGCUGUCCGUGUUCGAGGAGUCACUUGGUUACCGCAGUGUCCUGAGCCUGGAAAGGCUGCCUGACCCUCAGAGGACCCAUGUGAUGUGGGCCACCAGCAAGGACUUCGGGAUGUCCGGGCUCCGCUUUGGCACGCUGUACACAGAGAAUCGGGACGUGGCCACGGCCGUGGCUUCCCUCUGCCGCUACCAUGGCCUCAGUGGCUUGGUCCAGCACCAGGUGGCACAGCUGCUCCAGGACCGCGACUGGAUCAACCAGGUGUACCUGCCCGAGAACCAUGCCCGGCUCAAGGCUGCUCACACCUAUGUCUCCGGAGAGCUCAGGGCCCUGGGGAUCCCCUUCCUGAGCCGGGGCGCGGGCUUCUUCAUCUGGGUCGACCUGAGGAAGUACCUGCCCAAGGCCACCUUUGAGGAGGAAAGGCUGCUGUGGCGUCGCUUUUUGGACAACAAGGUGCUGCUGUCCUUCGGCAAGGCCUUCGAGUGUAAGGAGCCCGGGUGGUUCCGCCUGGUCUUCUCGGACAAGGCCCACCGGCUUCGCCUGGGGAUGCAGAGGAUCCGGAAGGUGCUCACGGGCACACUCCGGGUGGCAGAAGACCCCCCUUCCUCUCGGACCCAGGAGCCUAGAGGCCAGCACAUCUGAGCUGGUCAUUGCCUUGUGGCCAGUGCUGCCAUCCUGAGGUGUUCAGGGAUUCCAAGACUGGUCGUGGCUGAGCCGUUGGCCAGGAAGAUAGCCCUGCCCCUGAAGAAGAACUGUUCUUGCCUCGCUCAGUGCCAGUGGAGACCUGGUCCAUCCCCUUCCCUCUCUAUUAAACAAAACUGGGAGAAA